AGCAGAUGGAGGCAGAGGGACUGAUCUGAUCUCUGGUCCUCAGAGGUCAUUCUCGCUACAGUUACAGCCACUUGUUGCCAAAUCGCCCAGAGACGCGAGCGCGCCGCGAAACCGUUUUCACUAAGCGAACUAAUUCUCCGCGUUCACGACACAGAACUAGAUGUUGAGAAGGGAGUACAGCCACUUCUGACUUUGUUUGGGGGAAAAGGUCACUUUUGAGCAAAUUCGUCGCAUUUGACGGGAGAAGCAUGGUUGACAACACAAGCAUCGCAGCUAAAUCUGCACUGCAAGCCGCUUUCUCGUCGGCGAACACUCUUCCUCUGCUGGUCAGCUCCUCCAGCGCGCACAGUCACUCGAGCGGCGGCGGCGGCGGGAUGAAGCUGGAGGCGGUCAUGGAAAACCUUCAGCGACAGCAGGCGGCUCGCCUCGCAUUGGAAGAGAAGCUCCGGCAAGCCGAGAAGGAGAAAGACAUCAGGUCCAUGGUGGAGUCCCAGAUCCAACAGCAAGCUCUCGCCUUCCGCCACUAUCAAGAAGCGGUCAGGGGGGCGUUCGCAGGGGGAGCCCCGAAAUCACCCAUGGCGAGCUUAGGCCACCCCGAUGAGCAAAUCGUCGACUCUGACAUCGAUGAUGAUGACCUGGACCGCGGCAUGGACGAUGACGAGCGGGAUUUGGAGGAAGAUGACAGUAUGAACGAGGGUGGAGGGGAUGAAGAUUUGGAAGGACCCCUAGCUCAUUACCCACCGCGUCAUGCUGUUUAUUCAGGUGCGGGACAAUCUCCAAAAAGUACCCCUAUACAUCUGUCCAGAGUCCAGCCUUCGUAUGCAGCUCCAAGACAGGCCGAAUCACCCAGUGGUCUGGCACCACAAGCACAAUCGCAGCACCACGAAUGGACUUAUGAGGAACAGUUCAAACAGUCAGGCCACGACAGCGGGCCGGGGAGGAAGCUGAAAGAGUCAAGCAUUGCUUUCGGUGGUGGUGGCUCUUCGUCUCUGAUACAGGAGCUGUAUGAACUGGAUGAUGAUGAGAAAAGAAAGGAGUUCCUUGACGAUCUCUUCAGUUUUAUGCAGAAAAGAGGGACUCCAGUGAAUCGGAUUCCUAUCAUGGCCAAGCAGGUGUUGGAUCUCUACACUCUCUACAAGCUUGUCACCGAAAAAGGCGGCUUAGUGGAAGUCAUCAAUAAGAAAAUAUGGCGCGAGAUUACCAAAGGCCUGAACCUCCCUACCUCCAUCACCAGUGCGGCUUUCACCCUCCGAACACAGUAUAUGAAGUACCUCUAUCCUUAUGAAUGUGAAAAGCGGGGACUGAGCUCACCCGGUGAGCUCCAGGCAGCUAUCGACAGCAACCGUCGUGAAGGGCGGAGACAGAGUUAUGGUUCCACCCUCUUCAACUACUCCCCCGUGGGCACCCCCACACUGCAUGGUUCCCCCAAACUCCAUAUGCCCCACAUCAGCAUGACCACUCCCAAUGGCGGGCACAUGACUCAGACCCCCCUCAUCAAGAAAGAAGACACCGUGCUCUCCAACUGCCUGACUAACAGGAUGGGCAUCCCUGUGUCUUUGGCCGGCCACCACAGUGCAGCUCAGGCCGUUGCGGCCCAGGCUGCAGCUGCAGCAGCUGUGCAGGCAGCUGCAUUGGAGCAGCUGCGGGAGAAGCUGGAGUCUGGAGAGCCACCGGAGAAGAAAGUGAUGCUUAUGGCAGAGGAGCAGCAGAGGAUAAUGCAACAUGCAUUGCAGCAGAAUCUUUUCGCCAUGGCAACCCAACUACCUAUGAACAUCAAACUGAACAACAGAGAUGAUAGACAAGAGACUGCAUUGAACCUGUCUACCAACGGCAUUAGCAGCAUCAACAUGUCAAUAGAAAUAAAUGGGGUUGUCUACACAGGGGUCUUGUUUGCCCGUAAGCCAGCCAUUGGUUUCAUGCCAGGCAGCCAGCGAGUCCAUCACCAACACAGCUCUCAGGGAAAGAGCAGCAGCCCAGGGCUCAGCAUCCACAUGCCCCCAUCCUCCUCCUCUUCAACCGCCUCCUCACACGGACCAGCCACCUCCCCUUGAGCCCAUAGCACCUCACUCGACUCUCCCCAAUUGUCAGAUAAGGCAGGGUCUUUAGGUCAUCCUGUUGGACCAGUUUUCUUUCUGUCUCCUUCAGUGUACACUUUUACUGUUUUUAUAACCAUCCCCCUGCAAUCAGGACAGGAGAGUCUAUUACUUAAAAAAAGGCAAAGACAAAAUGUGUAAGCUAAGCACCAACAGCUCAUAGCCGCACAUUUGAAGUGUGUUACAUUUACAUAUGCAGCAAUUUGCAGCUUGUUAUUCAGUGAGGAGCGACUGAAACAUACUGUGUGGCAAUGCCACGAACACAAGGAACAGUGUGAGGAACCUAAGAGGACAGGAUGUUCCUCAAACAGAGUGCUGAUUUUCUUGAAAGCAGGCUUUUUUUACUUUCAGGCACAGAUCUUGUUCAUCUUUUCCUGUAUCUUCACCUGAUGCAUUCUUGAAUCAAACAGCAAGAGCUACUGUCAGCUAUUACCAAAGAGAAUACGAGCAACAUAUUAGUGGUUUAUGACUUUAUUUGAUAACGUAUAAUGAUUACAAUGCACAGUUUUCCAGCAACAUCACACAUAUCUGAUGCCAUUGCAAAAUAUCAGAAAUAUGCAAUGGAGAGUCAUCAUAAUGAAGUAUCAUGCUAAAACUCUGAUUUUAAUAUUUUGAUUUUAAGCAAAGCACAUGCCAUUUUACUUGGGGCAUCAAAUGGUCAGGGAGAACAACUUAUUUACUGUAUCACUGCUUGAAUUUCUGUUCAACGUAAAGACAAAUGUGGAAGGUAUAUUUAUCUGCUGUGAUGGCAUCAUGUACAGAAUCUAUAAAAAAAAAAAAAAAAAGUGAGGCAGAAAUGCAAGAUCUGCCAUUUUCAGCUUAGUACUGAAGAAAGCAGGGAGAACAAAAUGCAAUUAUGUCUCCUACACGCUCAAGACAUGGCCAUGGCAAAAUUUAUUCCAUUGAUUACUGAUUACUUAUUUGGGGAACACUUGUCGACACUGUUUCAUGAUUUUCCACCACCUCAGCUAUUGUUUAAUUGCAAAGAGUGUUCAUUAAAUGGUUUAGUAGAUGGACAAACGGGUCAAGCUGGUUAAUACAGGUUUUAGGAAGUCAGGGGAGGUUAAAUAAUAUUGUGGCAUGGAAGUGCGGGCUCUGAGCUGAAAUUUGAUCAUGAAAAAAAUGGUUCAGCACUUCAACCAGAAAAAAAAGGCUCUUGAGAAGAUUACAUGUGCCGUAAAUGGGUUAACCAACAGCUCAUGAGGUGUUAUCUCUGUUGUGAAUAGAAUCCAAUUUUCAUCGAGUUCUAAACAAUGCACUUGCAUGUGAGAGUUCAUCUCUCAUUCUUUAUUCCAUUCUUCUUUUUUUUCUUCUUUUUUUUGCUUGCGCUCUUGUUGUUUAUUUCUUUUUCUUCUCUGUUCUGUUGGUAAGGAAAAUGGGAUUAUAUUAUUGUGUCUUUUUUUAUUUUUUUUUUUAUUUUUUUUAUUUGUUCUGUAGACAAUUUCAGGUUGUAUUUAUUAUUUUAUUCUCAGCAUCCUAUCAUGUUGAAUCUUGGGCUGUUUCAAUGCUUUUAGUGACACCACUUUUAUGAAAAAAAAAAAAAAAAAACAA